AUGCCCUCCUUCACCGAUAAGAUCAACAACAUCAUUCCCAAGGCCUUGACUGUCUUCAACAAGGUCUUCGGUGCUUUUCCCAACUGCACUACUGAGAAGGCUGAGGACACUAUGGCUUCCUCUGCCAUGGCUGAGUUCACUUUCGCCCGGAUGACGCGGUUCGAGUUCGACUAUCUGCCCCCCGACAGCGUGGACGAGGCAGAGGACGAGUUCGACGAACGUCUCCUGGGCGCAACCCUGUGUGAGUCGAAGGCCGAAUUCGAGGGACUCGACUACCAGGACUGUUUCUCUUUCCCCUGGGAUGAGGCGGUUGCGGAGCUCAAUCGUGAAGUUGAGAGGAUCGACAGGGAAGAGUUCGUCUUUGUUGAGGAGGCUGACUUGAAGGGGUACGAGCCAUAUGACUAUGGCUCGGACUCUGACGAGGAGUUCUACGACUGUGUGACCGAUUUGUACGAAGCGGACCCCGUUUCGGCUGAUGCCGAAGAUGAUGGGUUUGUGGUUGUGCAGGCCACCAGCGCGGAGAACUUGCCUCCUCCCCCCGUCCAUGAGAUCGACUGGGACUCUAACUGGGAUCUCUUGGACGAGGUGGUCAAGGUUCUGAACUCGUCCCCCGAAAUCGAAAACGGUCCCGUCGAUCCCGACAGUGACGACGACUGGGAGACCGUGGAAGAUGAGGAAGUCGAAGUCGACCUGGAGGAUUGGUAUCACUCCGCAAGCGAUGCCGAGGGAAGUUCUGAUGGUCCCAACAAUGACGAUGGAUGGGAUCUCCUCGGAGACGGAGAGAUCCCCCAGAAGAUCGAAGAGGUGGAAGAAGAUUGGGAUUCUUCCUCGACCGAAGCUGGGGAUGUUGAUGGCCCCGAAAACGACGACGGAUGGGAUCACCUCGGAGAUGAGGAGAUCCCCCAGGAGACGAACGGGGCUGGAAAAGGGAAUGGCAUGUCUCCUCCCGCUGCUGCUGACUCUGAGGAUGGCAAUGAAUCUGACUUUGCUUUUGCCGUUGACAGUGUGGAACUCGUUGAAAGACAACGCGACGAGUUGGAGGAAUCGACCCCUUCCGCAUCUACGUCUAACGAGAGCGGAAUGGGGUUCGUCCUUGUUCGGCAGCCGGAGGGGGUAGAUUUGGAGGGAGACGAGGAAGAGAGAGGGGAGGAGGAGAACGAGGAGCGCCUGAAAGAUCUCCUCAGUCCAUCGACGUUUGACUGGAUGGACGAAACCGAGGAUUGGGAGGAAGGGGAGGAGGAAAAAGAGGAGCGCCUGAAAGAACUCCUCCGUCCAUCUGCAUUCGACUGGAUGGACGAAGCCGAAGAUGACGAGAGUGCCGUGGUGGGUGGAAGCGAGGACGACUUCCCCAGAGGUAGGCUCUACAAUUUUAUGCCCCCGGAUGAAGAUGUGCCGAUGAACAUCGGGCUAAUGCAGACAGACCUUAGCGUCCACGUCGAUACGCCAGCUGCUCCCUCUUCCGGUUUGAUUUUGACCGAUGGCACUGAAUGCUACGUGGAAGGAGCUCUUGAUGAUGGGUAUACAACGGACGAGACUCUCACGGAGCAGGACGGUCCCCUGGUUCAUCAUUACAACUGGUAUGGGGCCCCUGUCUUCGUGCAGAGCAGCACUCCCCCGGAGGUUUCUCUCCUCGUCUCGGCUGUGGGACCCAAGAUCUCAGAUCCCCACGAGGAGUGCCGUCUGUACUCCAUCAUCAACCGGGCUUGCCUCUACGUGGACCCGGUAAUUGUCAUGCUGGAUGAGGGAGACGAGCUCCAGACGGAAUUCGAGAGCGUCAUGGAGCUUGUCCGCUAUGCUACGGGCCGGACGUUUAAGUUCUACUCCCCGUAUGGCGCGUGGGUUGGAGACAGCCUAGACGACAAGGUUGCUGUCGACCAACAAAGGUACGAUGUUGAUACUUGCGAGAGAAACAUCGUCAGUAACGAACGCCUGGGCUGCGGAAUGACCUGCCGCCCAACGUCCAGUCUGGAGAGGAAGUUGCGCGCUCGGCGGGAGGCUGCAAGGGCCAGAGCUGAGAGCAAGAGGCCCUCGCCAUUGAGGCAGGUCAUGACGAACGAGGACCUGCACUCGAAAGGUGAGACAGUGACUAUGUCGACUCCACUAUCUACUGCCGUGCUAACUUGCGACGCCAGAGAUGAGGCCGCGAUGAAACUUUUGCCCGCGGCCGUGGCCGAAGAGUCCAUGCAGGGGGGCUCUGUCGGCUAUGAGUCCAUAUUAGAAUUUAACCCUGCGGCUCAAGAUUCUCAGUUGGAUUUUGAGCAUAACCCCAGCUCAUUGUUCGAUUCUGACUCAGACUUGGAAGAGAUCGAGAGGUCCGAUGAGCUAAAAGACAUCGACAUGGAGGGCAAGAAGCCUGAAGGUAAGGUCCUCGAGUCACAGAAAUCCGGCUUGAUUCCGGAUUCCGAUUUCGAAGAGCAGUGGUCUAAUAUUUUGAAAAAAAGCUCUCAGCCCAAUGACCUAUGCCUUUUUGCGCUCAUUGAGUCAUUGAAGUCUGACUUUUCGAGCAUGCGCUGGGUCAAAGACUUCACAUUGUCAGGCCCGGACCCGGACUGGAAAGUCGAGGGUCUGGGUCAUAAUCCCGCGGAUGGCUUCGUGCCUUUUGUGGAUGUCACUGUCUUCCCAGUGCUACUUGGCCUGGAGUUGGAAUAUGCUCCUGAGCGCCAGUGGGUUGAGCUGAACGUUGAGGACGACUCAUCCCUAUACUCCCGCGACAUCGACGAGAGGAGGUACUCCUACGAACUGGAGUCCAACAUCUCAGACUCCGAAAGACUACCCUCGAUCGACCUUAGACGCGCCGUCAGCGAGUACAGAUCGAUCGUGGCCCGUGAACACGAGGCCGCCUCUUUCUACGACGACGCGAGGAUCAUCUCCAACUGGGAGCUUCCUCCCAUCCCCAAUCCUUUCCCCAGCCUGCAGCCAUUCUACUCACUAUAUUGGCCUGCUGUGGUGCCCCUUCCUCUGUCGCCGCUCCGGCGGCCUAGAGCCCUCAAGAAGCGGACCCCCAAACCCCGUGCCAAUAUCAAACGGCACAUGACUCUUCGGCGCAGGCUGGACCCUCUACGCACGCCUCGGCCUGUGAGACAAUCCCUCUCCACGAUGGCCCACAAAAGCAGAAGGUUCCCCCGGAAGAGGUCAUCACCGAAGGUGCCUGCAGCAGCACAUGAGUCCGACUUGUCAGCGUCGGAUGCUCAAUGCAGGUUCCCGGCCGUCUAUGACUCUUUCGACGAGCUGGGGGUAGAGCCACCAAGGAGACAAUCAAAGCCCCUGGCUCUUCUUGUGAAGUGCGUUUUGAAGGUCCGUAACGGGACCCGUGCACUUCUGGAGAAGACUAAGAAGGGCCUUGCUCCUAACAGAGAGGACGCACCAGAGGGGGGUGAAGAGAGAGUGAGGAGGAAGCUACAAAAACGGAGAAAGUAG